AUGGACUACGUCGACGUCGAGAAGAAGGCUGCCGAUGCCGACGUUUCGUCCGACCCCUCUGGCCACAGGACUGCCGCAGGCGUCUACACCACCGAGGGCGGCGCCGUGCCUGGCGAGAGCUUCGAGUAUGGAAACUCUCUGUAUGCCAGGAUUCAGAGGCUGGCCGGCCGCUUCAACAUCGAGCAGAGAGGCAUUGAGCGCGUGCCCGAAGACGAGCGCACCGAUCAUUCGCUUCUGAACGUCGGUACCAUGUGGCUCUCCGCCAACAUGGUCGUUAGCUCCUUCGCCAUUGGCCUGCUGGCCAAAUCUCUCUUCUAUCUUGGCGUCGCUGAUGCUAUGCUCGUCUGCUUGUUCUUCAACCUCCUUGGCAUCCUCCCGGUCUGCUGGUUUUCGUCCUUCGGCCCUGUCUUUGGCUUGCGUCAGAUGGUCCUCUCCAGGUUCUGGUUUGGCUGGUGGGGCGUGAAACUCAUUGCCUGCUUCAAUGUCUGCGCCUGCAUAGGCUGGUCCGCCGUCAACUCGAUCGUGGGCGCCGAGCUGAUCCACGCCGUCAACAACGACGUUCCCGGCUGGGCCGGCAUCGUCAUCAUAGCCAUUUGCACUUUCUUCGUCACUCUGUUCGGUUACAAGGUUGUACAUGCCUACGAGUUCUACAGCUGGAUCCCGACUUUCAUCAUCUUCCUCAUCGUUCUCGGCACCUUUGCCCACAGCGGCGCCUUCGUCAACAUCCCCUGGGAGACCGGAAAGUCGGAGAUGGGUGGCGUUCUGAGCUUUGGUGUGACCGUCUAUGGUUUUGCCACUGGCUGGGCAAGUUACGCCGCCGAUUACACCGUCUACCAUCCCUCCAAUCAGAGCCGCCGCAAGGUCUUCUUCUCCACCGCCCUUGGCCUGAUCUUCCCGCUUCUGUUUACCGAGAUGCUGGGCAUUGCUGUCAUGUCUGCUACCGCUAUCAAUGGCGGGGACAACAGAUACCAGCUUGGUUACGACAAUUCCGGAACCGGCGGUCUGCUUGCCGCCGUGUUGUUCCCUCCGCUCGGCGGCUUUGGCAAGUUCUGCUUAGUCAUCCUUGCUCUCUCCAUUAUUGCGAACAACUGCCCCAACAUCUAUUCAAUUGCUCUCACGGUCCAGGUUUUUGGGCGUUGGGCGCAGGCGAUCCCUCGUCCUAUCUGGACACUGCUUGGAACGGGUGUCUACAUAGCAAUUGCUAUUCCCGGCUACUCACACUUCGAGAGUGUUCUUGAGAACUUCAUGAACUUCAUCGGCUACUGGCUCGCCAUUUACGAGGGGAUAGCGCUGACCGACCACUUCCUCUUCAAGCGCGGCAUCGCCGGCUAUGUCCCGGAACACUAUGAUCAGCCUUCAAAGCUGCCGCCGGGCAUCGCUGCUGUCGUGGCAUUCGGUUUUGGUGUUGCCGGCAUGAUCACCGGCAUGUCGCAGACGUGGUACGUCGGCAAGAUCGCCUUGCACGCCGGCGAGGCUCCUUUCGGUGGUGACGUCGGCUUCGAGCUCGGCUUUGCAUUCGCUGCCGUGAGUUAUGCGGUUCUUAGGACCAUUGAGCUGAAGGUGUUCGGGAGAUAG